AUGUGGGCUUCAAGCCUCCGAUUCCUCCGAACGCAGCGGACACCAGCUCGAACUCGAGCUCUUUCAAGCUUCAGAAGCCAUGCAUCUCCGCGCGGUCCUCGCAAUAGCAUAAAAAGACCAAAUCCCAUACCACCGAGGAAAGUCGAACCCUCGCAACAGCCUGAGCUUUCUGCCUCUGAACCUCAAGAUGCUAUGAUUCCUGAUUACGACCCUUCGCAAAACACACUACUCUCUCCUGUUCACCUGCCUGAAGAUCCUAGAGGUGUGCUCAAGGAAAACCACCCCUCAAUUUCUAUACUGGCGAACUCAGGAAUAGUUGUACAAAGACAACUAGAGAUGAUGAAUAUUCUGAUUGGAUUUGAACAAGCGAAUAAAUACAUCAUCAUGGAUGCGCUGGGAAAUCACAUUGGAUAUAUGGCAGAACAGGACAAGGGAUUAGCAAACACAAUGGCACGGCAAUGGUUCCACACCCACCGGAGUUUCGUGACACAUGUAUUUGACCGGCAUGAAAAUGAAGUUCUUCGAUUCAACCGUCCAUUUUCUUGGAUCAACUCUCGAAUUCACGUCUAUGACCCUCUUGAUAAAACGCCAAAUGCUUCCUCUGCAUCCACAUCUCUUCAAAGCACGACACCCGGUUCUAUCAUUGAAUCUGGCACUGGAUCAAGUGCAAGGAUAUCCUCACUUGGUCUGGGUGAAAUGAGAGUUAUUGGCGAAGCUCAGCAGCAGUGGGCACCUUUGCGGCGAAAGUACAAUCUCUUCACCCAUAGCCAGUCCCCAAACCCGGAAACAGACAUGGGAACCCAUGAUGUCUCGCCAUCCGACUCUGGUCUAUCACGAGCACAGCAGAUGGAGCUGGUACGAAGAUCAGAUCAAACUCAGGGUCAAUUCAACCAAUUUGCCUACGUCGAUGAGCCGUUUCUAUCAUGGGAUUUCUCCCUAAAAUCAGCAGACAAUCAGUUAAUUGGAUCCGUCAACCGGAAUUUCGCAGGCUUUGCUCGCGAAAUCUUCACGGACACUGGCGUCUACGCAAUGCGAAUGGAUUCCGCUGCUCUCGGCACCGAGGCGUCACCUAGCAACAAAGGGUCAGGCAUGACCCUGGACCAACGUGCUGUUAUGUUGGCUACAGCUGUAAGCAUUGAUUUCGAUUACUUCAGCCGCCAACACGGCCAUGGUGGACUAGGGAUGCCGUUGCCGCUUAUGGGUGGCCAGGCUCCCGCUGGCGGUGCAGCUGCCGGUGAAGCUGGGGCCGUUGGUGGUAUGCCAAAUGGUAUGGUUGGAGGCGCUACCGCCGCAGGUACAAUGGCUGGGUAUGAAGCAAUGCACAGAGGUAACACAACCGAUCCGAAUGCCCCAACAUCGGAUGCUCCAACAUCGGAGCCGGCGGAACAGAGCACACAAGGCUUCUAUGAUGAACCUCAAGACCCUUGGGGUCAAGAUGACCCUUGGGGUGACGGAGGUGACAUUGGUGAUGGCGGUGAUGGUGGUGACUUUUUUUAA